GUGUACAAAGUAUCCUCACAAUAUUAACCAGGUGCUAUUCAUUUACAUUUCCUUCCAGUCUCUCCAUGCCAGCUAACCCCUCCACUGCGCCGUCCUGGUGCCACUUACGUCACGGGGAAACUAACUUCACGAUAACAAUGCUGAAGCUGAAAGCAGCACUUUGGAUAGCGUCCGUCUAGAUUCAUUCCUUUCAAUAGCAUCCAUGGCUCCCGCCACGGGUUACGUUCGGUAGAAGCUCUCUACGCCUCUACUCGCCUCUAGCCCCACUAGAUUCUCGGCACACAGUGUUGAAAACAAGUUACUUUCUCAAGGGUCCAAAUGGCUGGACACGAGUGGGAAGAUUGGUUCGAGAGGGAGGAAUUUAUCGGGCAGAUCAGCGACAUUCGUGUGCAGAAUCUUCAAGUGGAAAGAGAAAUGGUGCAGAAGAGAACCUUCACCAGGUGGAUCAAUUUGCAUCUAGAGAAGUGUAACCCUCCAAUGGAGGUGAAUGACCUGUUUCGGGACAUCCAAGAUGGCCGGAUCCUGAUGGCCUUGCUGGAGGAACUGUCGGGAUGUAAACUGCUUCAUGGAUUCAAGCCAUCCUCCCAUCGUAUCUUCAGGCUGAAUAACAUCGCCAAGGUCUUGACAUUUCUGGAGGAAAGAAAUGUGAAACUUGUCAGUAUCGAUGCUGCUGAUGUUGCCGAUGGCAACUCCUCUAUUGUUCUGGGCCUCAUAUGGAACAUUAUCCUCUUCUUCCAGAUUAAAGAGCUCACAGGGAACAUCAAGAACCAGUUCCCCUCCUCCUCCAGCCUCUCGUCCAUCCCCACCAGCUCUGACUCGGACACGUCCCACUCCAGCACCCCCUCCGAGGAGAGACGGUGCUCGGUGGCCAUCAGGGACCACGGCAAAGCCAUCAAGACACUUCUCCAAUGGGUGCAGAGGAGAACGAGGAGAUUCGGAGUUGCUGUGGCUGACUUUGGGAAGAGCUGGACGAGCGGCCUGGCUUUCCUGGCCGUCAUCAAGUCCAUCGACCCCAGCCUGGUGGACAUGAGGCGAGCGCUGCUGAGGACGGCCAGGGAGAACCUGGAGGAGGCCUUCAGGACGGCACACUAUAGUCUGGGCAUCCCGCGACUACUGGAACCUGAAGAUGUGACUAUAACCCCACCAGACGAUCAGGUGAUAAUGACCUAUCUGGCCCAGUUCCUUGAGCACUUCCCUGGCAUUGAUGAGGAUGAUGUGUCAAAUCGCAUUGACAGAAGCACGACAAAGGUGAGUGCACGUCUGAACGACUCAAUGACCCUCAACGGUGUGAAGAGGACGCGAGAGACGUCAUACGUGGUGAAGCGGGACUGGGUCAAACAGCCCCCAAAGAUCUUCAUCUCCUCUGUGUCGGAUGGGUCCUCCGUGCAGCAGGUGGCGCCACCACCCUCCUCCAAGGCCAGCGAGGAGUCCAGCUCCAGCCCUGCCGAGUCCAGCCCCAGCCCUGCUGAGUCCAGCCCCAGUCCAGCAGAUAACCGUGUCUCAACUCCCUCACUGGACCUGACCAAAGACACGUCCUGCUCCGUGUCUGCCUCAACCUCCUGCUCCAGCUCCCCACAGCCGUCUUACGUGGACUCAGUGAUCAGCUCGCCAGACUCCUGGAGUGAGAUGCAGAGCGAGGGCGAACCCCUGGAGAAACUUCCAGAAAGCUACAGCGACGGCUCACUGAACGAGACCAGUCUAGCCUGCGAUGGGAAGGAACCCGUCACAUGCGAGAAAUCACAAGCGUCAGACAAGGGCCUGCCUUUAGAAAUAGAGAAGCCAUUAGAUGAUGGCAUGGACUCUGAGCUCUUCAUAGAUGAGGGGAACUUCUCCAUCUGCUCUCUUGACAGUUUACAGGCCAAAACGCCUUCUGAGAAGGAGGAGGCCCCCCAGCACACCUUAAGUGCCCAAGAUCAAGUGCCCGAGCUAGGUGGAGUUGCAAACACAUCUGACAUGGGUUCAGAGGAAAAGCUCCAGAAUGAGACUGUUAAGCCUUCACCUGCUGAUGUAUGCGAUGGAGGCUGUGAGUCUGGGUACUUUCCCGAGGGAAGAGAAAGUCCGCUGCCGCUUGGUGAAACCGACCUCCAGCACCGGCCCUCCGUGACUUCCGUGUCCUCCAACCAACAAGGAGUUGAAGAGGAAGACAAGUCAAAAGAGCAGUCUGGACAUUCAGAUAAGACUGCGGAGUUUGCAGACCAUCUGCAAUCCUCCAGCGCUGAUCAAACGGCUGCUCUUGAAAUAACAAGAGAGCCCGAUCAAGUUACCGAUCGCAUUACUGCUGCGGACGAGCCUGCUGUCGGGCCUGGCUGUUCUGUUUCAGGUAACAGCGUUCUGCUCUCAGAGAGGGAAAGUGAUAUCUGCUCCAAGGACACACCGCUCACAGACACACGAGAGGCUCAGCAGGAGGACAUCCACUACGCUGAGAAUGUCGACGUGGAGUCGGCGGAAGACAGUGACUCAUGCGACGGCGAUGUCUCUGAGCAGCCAGCCCACGCGCUGGAGGCAGAGACGCCGAAGGGAGGUGUGAAGCCAGAGGAGAGUGAUGUGAAACAUCAGGAGAACUUGGAGGAGGAGGACAGGACAGGCCUACGUGAUCCCCAGAGUCCUAAAGUCUCUGAAGUUCCUGCAGCUUCAGGGAAAGUUUUGCACCAAGAGGAUGGCGAUAAAGAUGCUGGAGAAAUGGCUGAUGGGAUAGUGGAGGAAACCAGUCAUGGGGACAUAGAAGAAAUCAGUGAUGGGGACACAGGGAGAAUUGGUCACGGCGAAGCACAGGCGACCAGUAACAGGAACCCAGAGAUGAGCAGUGGGGUGGACUUGAAGUUUGAGAUGAUGGACAAGGUGGAUGUUAACGGCUCAGCUGAGGUGAACUGCCAUAAAGAGGAGUCUGGUCUGUUGUGGGGUCAUAACCCCUGCAGCGGGGAGAACAGUCAGGCCAGUGUGAAUGAGAACAAUAAAGGACCUAGUGAGUUGGAACCUGAAUCACGUGAGACAACCACUGAACUUGAGAAAAAGGAAAGUGCCCCAGAAUGUUCGCCUGAAGGUCAGCCGAGUUGCGCAGAGAGCAAACCUGAAGAAGACUUAACCAGAACAGCCAGCCAGACUGCAAGUCAACACGAGGAUACAGGAAGUAGGUCAGAUUAUCCAGCAGGUCAAACGCAGAGCAAGUCAGAGGAAGUGGUGAAUGGCACAGAAUGUACCCCAGAAAACCCACUGAAUGAAGGAACUGAGAGCCUAUCUUUGGAAAGGCAAACAGGGACUGAGAGUGAACUCAGACAUGAACCAGUUGGUGCAGAGAGUCAGUCGGAAGAAGAUUCGGUCUCCCAGGAGACUCAGAGUGACAGCGUGCCCACUGCAGAAGGCUCACAGCUGGAGGAAGAGAAUGAAGACGAGGCUGAGGAGGCAGAGCGGGCACCUGUGUCCGUGAUCCCCCUGGAUCUGGUGUACUACCCGCAUUACGACGUCCCCAUCUCCGAGGUCAUCGAAGCCUUCGUGGAGCCCAACGCCGACCCUCGCGGCCAGGCUGAGGCCGGCGGGGGCCGUGACCCGAUUGGCUCAGGCGGAGCAGAGGAUUGCGGGAGCAUGCCGCAGGAGCUGCGGCUGUCGCUUAGCAUGGCACCGUUGCAGCCGGCACCAGUGCAGGAGAGGCUGCCAGGACCCGACACCGACGGCAGCGAAAGUGAGGAUGAAAACACAGGCCGAGACCACGUCCAGAAACCAGCACAGCCUGGUGGAACACUACUUCAAAAUAUGGCGUCAGAGGGGCCCCCUGAACCCCAGGAACAGUGCCACCCAAAGCCGAUCGAGGGGCUCGCCGAGGUGGACCGGCGAGCUGCUGAUGCUGAUCCAGGCGGCCCGGGUGAGCUCAUUAAGAGCGAUGAAGAGUGGACCGGCGCCAGAGAAAACACAACGCCUCUGAGGGACGAUGCUACUGGAGAUUCGAAUCAGCCCUUCACUGCCCCGUAUCUGAGGGCCUCAGCUCAGCCGAAAGAGGCUCAGAAUGGAAAUAAGAAGACCAGUGAGCCUCGCCCAUCUGACAGAAGCAGCCUUCACAUUAGGAGAGAGAGCGGAGCAGCAAAGGGCGAGAGGCCUGUGGAUCUCACACUGGAGGAGGUCUGCCUGCUGCUCAUUCUGUGGCUCAUCGUUUACUGCCUCUUCGUCCUGCCUCAAAUAGACUUCCGGACUCUUCCUCAACUCCUCCUCAACAUUGAAGAAUGAACAUAAUACAGGCCUAUGUACUUUGGUCACAUGACAUUGAAGGGAGUUGGGGCAUUUUACAGCUCUGCAAAUAUAGUCGAGUGAACUAAACGUUUUUUUUUUUUUAUUACUUUAAGAUAAACAUUUGAGAAUUUUUUUGGACCCUUAUACAUCCUAUAUUGAUGAAGAUUAUUUGUAACGAAAAUAUCUGUGCCACUGUAGUCUUGGCUUUUUUGUUCUGUUUGGAGUGUGUGUGUUAUAAAGAGGUACAUUUGAUUCACUUAAGAUAAUUUGUAAAUACUGUUAUAAAAGACUAUCGAUGAAGUAGUGCCCACCCAUGAAGAAUUGUAUAAUUUAUGCAUGCAGUAUUCAGUUAUACAAGUGAAAGAUUUGAUUUUUACAGAAUUAUAGAUAUGUUAUACGUAAUGCACAACUUCCUCUAGGCAAGCUGACUCGUGGGACUUACUCCUAUGAAGUGUAUCGGUAGGUCUCAGCAUUGCAGGAGGAAGGCUAGUGUCAGUUGCACUUUUUAAUCACAAAACACAAACUGCCAAAGAUGAAGAUUUAGAUAGGUAAAAAUUAUAGUGAUCACGAAUUAUAAUCAGAAUCUAAUAUCAGAAAUGCUAGCCAUGUUUUUGUUGAAGUUGAGCAUAGCAGGAAUGUUUUUAAGUCAUUGAGUAGUGAUUAACACGAGCAGUGAUUUUUCUGUGCUGCAGAAGUCUGGGAGAUGAAUGUGACUCAGCUGUGCUUGGACAUUUGGAAGCCUAAGGGAAAAGAGAGAGAGAGAGAGAGAGAUUUGCUUCACAAAAUAAAGAAAAUUAUAUGUUUACCUCUAGUUUAUCUGAAGUACAUCCUCACUUGCUGUUUAUUUUUUUUUUCUUACAGUUCGAAUGUGAUAAAAUGCAUCUUUCACACUCUCACGAAAGGAGAUAAUUACACAGACAAGCACAGAAUACCAUGACUAAUACAUCAUUUUUUUCAACAUGGGGUAUACAGAAACCGGACACAAUAUUGACAUGAACAUAACUGUUUUAAUAAAUUGCUUAUACAAAACAGCCUUCACAGUUUUGCUUAUACAUACCUUGAGGCAUAUCUUGAGGCAUAUUGCAGUCUUUGUGGGUCAGUAAGCGUGUGUGCGUGCAUGUGUCUGUGUGUGUCUGUGUGUGUGUGUGUGUGUGUGUGUGUGUGCGUGAGAAGGGAAUAGAAUGUGAUCAUUCAAAUGGAGUGUCUGAGACAGAUUUAAACGCAAUCCUAAAACUGCAUUUUGCUUUUGUAUCAAACUUGAUAAUGAUGUAUCAAAAGCACCUGCCAAGUGCAAUAAAUGAAAUGCUUUGCCCUCUA